CCUCCUGCCGGCCUCAGUCCUGCCGCCAUGUUUCCACACGGUCACAUUUGACAGCGGGACCAGCGCAGAGCGUCGGCAGCCAUGGCUAAAAGUGAUGGAAGCGACUUCUUCAGAAGAACCAGCCUCUUCUGGAUUGUCUCCGUGACUCUUGCGGUUGCAUAUUUUACUUGCAUCGUUUUCGCCCCAGAGAUAAUCCCAUAUGAUUACCUCGGUCCAUACGGCACCUUCUGCAGAUACCUUGUGGACAACCACGCUGCCGUGUUGUACAAAGGGUGGUGGGCGACCUGGGCUAUUCAUCUCUUUGAGGCCCUCAUUUCGUUGAGGGUGUGCAGUAACAAAGGAGUCACCAACACGUCCACUCGCUGCCUGUGGUUUUUCCAGACCUUCCUCUUCGGCUUUGCCUCCCUCAGCCUCCUCCUCAAGCACGACCCCAAGCGUAGCAAACACCACUGACACCAGCACCAUGAGCAACAACAACAACAACAACAACAAAACAACUGAAUCUAGAGAAUCAGUCACUUCCCGGUGAUUUUUCUUCUUCUUCCACUGUUUGUAAUAGGGAAAUCUUUGGAGAAAAUACCUGAGCCUCUUCUAUACACUGUUUACUUUAAUAAAAAAAUUAUUAAUCUUUAACAUAUCAGUGAUGGAAACACUAGAGAUGUUUACAGGUGUUCCUAUGACAGACCGACGCCUUCACUUCAUUCCAUACAUUUUUCAGAACAAUAAGCUAGAGAAGGCCUGUUUUUACUAAUAAUAUUUUAGCAUCCGACUUCUCCUGAUGAAUCCGAGGACAAUUUUAGUGCAAUACACGAGGGAAACAGUGGCAGGAAGGACAUGUUUUUUCAGCUGCUACAGGACCAAGAUGAGUUCAGAUGGGUCGGUUUCACUAUCAAAAUAAGCACAGGUGCCUUUUUUUUCAUGCUGCCAUGUGUUCAACAACAUGCUGGAAGUCUGAAAGUUAACACAGAACAAUAAAGUGACUUACAAAUGGGA